AUGGAAGAAACAUACAAAGAUAGGACUUCAUUAGUGAAAGGGGCAAAAGAUAUUGCCAAAGAGAUGAAGAGGCAAGCAGUGAAAAGAGUGAAUAAAGCUGUUGACAAAGCUCAGGAUGGCUACACACAGAGGUCCUACAACCGAUUCCAGGAUGAGGAAGAUGAUGAUGAUUACUAUGUCCAAGGAGGAAAUUAUGGCGUAGAAGCUAAUGAUGAUGAAGGUUCAAGUGAAGCAACUGAAGGGCAUGAUGAAGAUGAUGAAAUUUAUGAAGGGGAGUAUCAGGGAAUCCCCCACAUAGGGCAGGGCAAGGAUGGCAUAGUGGCCUUAGGUCAGCCUAUGCGUGAUGAAUAUAAGGAUCGCCAUGAACUGGAAACAGAGAGGAAAGCUGAUGAAGAAGAGCUAGCACAGCAGUACGAAUUGAUAAUACAAGAAUGCGGCCAUGGUCGUUUCCAGUGGGCCCUCUUCUUUGUGUUGGGAAUGGCCCUAAUGGCUGAUGGGGUUGAAGUCUUUGUAGUUGGAUUUGUGUUGCCCAGUGCUGAAACAGAUAUGUGUAUACCCAAUUCUGGAUCAGGAUGGCUGGGUAGCAUAGUAUACCUUGGGAUGAUGGUGGGGGCAUUCUUCUGGGGAGGCUUGGCAGACAAGGUGGGAAGGAGACAGUCACUCCUGAUAUGCAUGUCUGUCAAUGGAUUCUUUGCCUUCCUUUCAUCAUUUGUCCAGGGCUAUGGCUUCUUCCUCUUCUGUCGUUUGUUUUCUGGAUUUGGGAUCGGUGGAGCUGUGCCCACAGUCUUCUCCUAUUUUUCGGAAGUGCUUGCUCGAGAGAAACGAGGCGAACACCUGAGUUGGCUCUGUAUGUUUUGGAUGAUUGGCGGCAUCUACGCUUCUGCAAUGGCUUGGGCAAUAAUUCCUCAUUACGCACAAACAUGGAAUCACCCCAGCUCAGGACCAGGGGCAAACCGCUUCAUUGUGGUGAUGCUGUGCCAAGCUCCCAGGCGUUGCUGGGGGCUCCUGGGACAAACCCUGCUCUGGCACUUGGGAGAGCGUGGUCACGCGUUGCUGUACCCUCCUGCAAACACUACAGGUCAUGCGAAUACCAGAGCAGAUCUCUGCACCAUGUGUAUCAGGAGCAUUCAUGAGGAGGCUCUUGUAGUG